CUCAGCACCCUCAGAUCCCCCCCGGUCCCUCAGAUCCCCUCAGAUCCCCCCGGGACCCCCGAGCUCUGCUGCCACCCCAAAACCGCGGGCCUCAAACCCAGCCGAGGGGAGCCCCCCCAGAUUUUACUGCACCCCCAAAAUUACACCUUUAAUCCUCUUCCUCCUCCUCCUCCUCCUCCCCCCGCCCUAAAUCCGCCUCCCACAGAAAGCCGGAGCCGGCUGGAGGUGGAAAACAGGCCCGUGCGAGGCUGGGAAAAGGGGGAAAAACAGGGAAAAAAGAAGAAAAAAAGGGACAAAAUAAUAAGGGAGAGAGGAUAAAAGGAGGGUCAGAUUAAAAUAAAUUUAAAAAGAGAAAAAAAGAAGGGGAAAAGGAAGACGAGAGAAGCAAAGGAGGAGCGCGAAGGAAUAAAAAAGGAUUAAAGAAGGGGAACGGAGGGAAAAGCAGGAAAAAAAAAGAAGAAACAGAAAGAAAAGGGAAUAAAGGAGGAAAGAAGAAGGAAAAAAGCAGGAGAAAAGGGCUGAGAUUUGGGAUGCGGCUGCUCCUGGACAGACCCCGAGCGUUCCCAGGAGCCUGAUCAGGAAGGUCCCAUGGAGCAGCAGGGGACAACUCCGGCCUCUCCCGGCGGCGAGGGGAUCCCCCGGCCCCCCGAGGGUGGGGACACAAUUCCCAAUGUUGGGGACACAGUUCCUGGUGUUUGGGACACAGUUCCCGGUGUUGGGGACACAAUUCCCAAUGUUGGGGACACAAUUCCCAAUGUUGGGGACACAGUUCCCAAUGUUGGGGACACAGUUCCCAAUGUUGGGGACACAAUUCCCAAUGUUGGGGACACAGUUCCCGGUGUUGGGGACACAGUUCCCGCUGUUAGGGACACAGUUCCCGGUGUUGGGGACACAAUUCCCAAUGUUGGGGACACAAUUCCCAGUGUUGGGGACACAAUUCCCAAUGUUGGGGACACAAUUCCCAAUGUUGGGGACACAAUUCCCAGUGUUGGGGACACAAUUCCCAAUGUUGGGGACACAAUUCCCAAUGUUGGGGACACAGUUCCCAAUGUUGGGGACACAAUUCCCAGUGUUGGGGACACAAUUCCCAGUGUUGGGGACACAGUUGCCGCUGUCAGCCGGGAAGGUGCCGGGACCGGAUCCGGGCAGCGGGAGGGGGUGUCCGGCCCCGAGGGACCCCCGGGGGGCUCCCCCGAGGGGCCACGGGAGGAGCAGCCCCUGCAGGAGGGGGGGUCCCCGCUCGGGGGGUCCCCGGGAGCCGCGGCCGAGCCCCCCCGGACCCGGCGCCCCGGGCGGGACGAGGAUUUUUACUGCGUGAAGUGGAUCAGCUGGAAGGGGCAGCGCACACCGGUGAUCACCCAGAGCGAGAACGGGCCCUGCCCGCUCCUGGCCAUCAUCAACAUCCUCCUGCUGCAGUGGAAGGUGAAGCUGCCCCCGCAGAAGGAGGUGAUCACGGCUGAGGAGCUGAUGGCACAUCUGGGGAAUUGCAUCCUGGCCACCCAACCCCGCGACACCUCGGAGGGGCUGCAGCUGAAUUUCCAGCAGAACAUCAGUGACACCAUGAUGGUCCUGCCGAAGCUCUCGACGGGGCUGGACGUCAACGUCAGGUUCACGGGGGUCUCAGACUUCGAGUACACCCCCGAGUGCAUCGUCUUCGACCUCCUCAACAUCCCGCUCUACCACGGCUGGCUGGUGGACCCCCAGAGCCCGGAGCAGGUCCAGGCCGUGGGCAAGCUCAGCUACAACCAGCUGGUGGAGAAGAUCAUCACCUGCAAACAGGCCAGCGAUUCCAGCCUGGUGAGCGAAGGGCUGGUGGCCGAGCAGUUCCUGGAGUCCACGGCGUCGCAGCUGACGUUCCACGGGCUGUGCGAGCUCACGGCCCGCGCCCGCGAGGGCGAGCUCGGCGUCUUCUUCCGCAACAACCACUUCAGCACCAUGAUCAAGCACAAGGGUCACCUUUACCUGCUGGUGACGGACCAGGGCUUCCUGCAGGAGGAGGGGGUGGUGUGGGAGAGCCUGCACAGCGUGGAUGGGGACAGCUGCUUCUGUGACACCGAGUUCCACCUCAGCCAUGUCCCGGGCAAGGACGGGGCCAGCGUGGGCCCCCCGGAGCACCGGCUGCAGCAGAGACAAGUGGACCAGGAUUUCAUGGUGGCCCUGUCCCUGCAGCAGGACCCUGCCUCGGUGCUCAGCGACCUGGAGCUGGCGCGGCAGCUGCAGCACGAGGAGUACCAGCAGCACCAUCCUCAUCCUCACCCCGCUCCUCCUCAGCCGGCGCAGGCGAGCGCGCGGCCGGCGGGAGAGCGGCGGCAGCGGCCAAGGCCGGAUUUGGACUGUGCCCUGCUGUAGCACCUGCUGUCCGGGGUCCCCACGCCCGCAGCCCCCCGAGCGCCCACCCUGCAUCCUCCAGGGAGCUCUGUGGGGUCCCUGCGGGCCGGAGUGGACACAACGAUGAGGGGUGACUGUCUGAGGCCACCCCAGGACCACCCCAAACUUCCCAGUGGCCUUAACACAGGGGGGUCCCGCUCAGGGGGAGCCCCCUCAGGGGGUCCCACACCUCAGUCCAUGCUCUGGGACAUGGGUGGGUGUGGGGCUGGGGGCACACGUGCACCCCCCUGUUCAAAAUGUGGCCUUAGCCCUUGGCAAGUAAAGGACUUGUCCCCCUGCACACGGAUCUGGCACCCUGACAC